AAGAAAAAACGGAUGGAGACAGAGAUCGCAAACUGCACCCUUCUUAUAUCAAUCCGCAGCAAUCUCAGAACGAGCUCUCUCGAGCAUGGCCACCGCGAGCAGAGAAUCCCGCCGGAGGAAGAUCGUCGACCGCGGCGCCGACCGCCUGGCCCUCAUCACCGGCCGCAUCCAGUCCCUCCCUUCCUCCUCCGACUCCCCGCCGCCGCCGCCGCCCGCCCGUCGCGAUCCCGGCCCGUCCCCUCUCCCCCCAGAUCACCCAUCCGACGGCACAGCUUUGAAUCAUGGAGAUCAUGGAGAAUGUCAAGCCUUUGAGACUGUGUUGCCAAAGGAUCAUCAAAGUGGAGAUGCUAAUGAGGCUGAAGGUUCCCGAGGUAGAGAAAAUAUGGAGUUUCCAUCAGAGAAAAGUCAGACAAGCAAUGAACGCUCACAGGCUCCGCCGUUGGAGAUCAGUGAGGAAUCAGAAACUUAUUUAUCAUCAGCCUCGCAUCAAAAUGCAUCUCGUCCUACUAUACAUGUAGAGCAACCCUCAGUUCCUCAGGCACUGUGUAGCAUGUCCAUUAGUCCUAAUCAAAUUAGUUCUGCUAUAGAUUCUUCAGCUACUUCACGCUUACUUUGUGCUAUGGUAGUGGGGCUGCUAGUGGUUUUCUCAGAUAUAGGUUUUCCCCUAUUAGGUAACAAGAUCAUCCGGUCCAUCUUGAUGUUAAGGCCUCUUUACCUCGUCCUGGUUACCAACGUGACACUUGUACUUGCUCCACUUCUUUUGGGCAAACAAUCAACUGUUUCAAGUGCUGUCAAAGGGGAAAAUAAGAUUCCUUCAGCUGACGGGAGCGAUUGGGCUGAUCAAGUUGGUAAUAGCUUGGAGUUAGGUUUUCUGAUGAUGAAAGUAAUGGAUGCAGUAAUCAUGGAUUGCAGUGUCUACUCUGUGGUUGUUGUAUGUGGUUUGUCGCUUACACAGAUAUUCUCUUAGAUCCAGAUAAUUACAUCGGAAUGCGAGAGCCGUUACUAUAGUUGGCUGACUUUAGAGCAAAUAAUCCCGAUCAGCAGCUAAACUUUCUUUCUUUUUGUACCUUUCUGCUUUGUAAGCCUCUGUGGCUGAAUAAUAGCCCGUAUUUUCUGCAGUUUUGCUCUUGUAGAUCCAUUUAUUUAUUUCAUGUGCUUGUUUUUAGAUGAAGUUAUGUUGUAGUCUGUCUUGUGUAAUAGUGAAUUUCGCCAGUAUACACUCCAUAUUCCGAUGUGUAUGGGUCUUGUAUCGUGGCUUUGUGAAUUAAUGUAGCCAUUUUUGGGCAUUUGACUGAAUAAAGCACCUGUACUUU